AUGGCGAAACACAGACAUACUGACGACCCUUCAGACCCUCGCCAGUCGAAAGCCGCGAGACUCAAUGUCCGUGUCUUGGACAAGUUGCAAAAAGCUGUUAACGACAACCCGGAGGUUGAUCUUCUCACGUUAUUUCCCCGCCGAUAUUCACAACGUCUGGCCGAAAGCAUACCCUUUGUUCAUGAGCCUGCCGGCAGAGAGAGAAAGACACCCAGAAACGACGAAAAAGAAGAUAUUCGAGAUUUCCUCAGCCCAUCAGAUCCAGUGGAGAUUAUUUUCCCUUUCUCCCCAGCGGUUUCGACUCUCCUCGAUACGGUAUCAGAGACCGUUAAUCCACUACCUCAAGGACUCUCCCAGAGACUAUACGAGCUCCUCCGCAGAAGCGAAACAGUUUGGAAAGCCCCGUUUGCCAACCAGAAAGGGGUAUACAUAUGCUCGCCCGACAUUGUGGUCAAAGUGGUUUCCAACCUCGAGGAUGCGACUGAAUACACCACCCUGCAAUAUCUGGAGCAACACAAAUCAGAUAUCCCGGCACCGAGGCCUCUUGGAAUGGCGCGGAUGAACGACAUAUCUUUGAUCUUCAUGAGCCAUGAAAUCGGUCUCGCUUGGACAAGUAUGGGCCACCCUCAACUCUCGCCAGAAAUGCUCCAUCCGCGACCAGCUUGA